UAUAACUCUCUCUUACUUCAUCUAUCAAUCCAAUUCCUUUUCCAUUCCCAUCAAUAAUCAUUCUCUUAAUUAAUUAUUCACAUUACUACAAUCAUGCCACAGGCUCCCAUUCAGUACAACAACAUCCAAAAUGACGAUGAUGAUAAUUAUGAUAACAAUAACAAGAAAGCACUGAAAUACAUUGAGGAUGUUACGAGCAAAGCUGAUGAAAUCCAAGAAAGGGUAAUUGAGGAGAUCCUUAAAUCAAGCGCUCAUGUUGAGUACCUUGAAAGGCAUGGCCUAAAUGGUCGCACAGACAGGGACACAUUCAAGGAGGUGAUUCCUGUCGUCAAUUAUGAGGAUUUGAAGCCAGAAAUUGAUCGUAUUGCUAAUGGUGAUUCCUCACCUAUUUUGUGUUCCAAACCCAUAUCAGAGUUCCUCACUAGCUCCGGCACAUCCGGUGGGGAGAGAAAGCUGAUGCCAACAAUAGAAGAAGAGCUAGGGAGAAGGACAUUACUUUACAGCCUAUUGAUGCCGGUAAUGGACCAAUUUGUACCAAACUUACACGAAGGCAAAGGCAUGUACUUCUUGUUCAUCAAAUCAGAGACAAAAACCCCAGGUGGACUCGUAGCACGCCCAGUUCUAACAAGCUAUUACAAAAGCUCACAUUUCAACAACAAUAACUCUUCUCAUAAGAACCCUCACAAAAACUACACUAGCCCUAAUGAGACCAUCCUCUGCCUAGACUCUUUCCAGAGCAUGUACUCCCAAUUGCUCUCUGGCCUUCUCCAGAGCCACCAAGUCCUCCGAGUUGGCGCCGUCUUCGCCUCCGGAUUCAUCCGCGCUAUUAAGUUUCUCGAGAAAUUUUGGGCCGAUUUGUGUCGCGACAUUCGGACCGGCACAAUUGACCCCAAAAUUAGUGACACUAGUGUUAGGGAGGCUGUGAUGAGAAUUAUGAAGAGGCCAAAUCCAAAGCUUGCUUCUUGUAUUGAAGGUGAAUGCAUGAAGGGGUCGUGGAAAGGGAUAAUUACUAGGUUGUGGCCUAAUACAAAAUAUGUUGAUGUUAUUGUGACAGGGACCAUGGCUCAGUAUAUUCCUAUAUUGGAUUAUUAUAGUAAUGGUUUGCCUCUUGUUUGUACCAUGUAUGCUUCUUCUGAGUGUUACUUUGGGAUCAAUUUGAAUCCUUUGUGUGACCCAGAGAAGGUUUCAUAUACACUAAUUCCCACCAUGGCCUACUUUGAGUUCUUGCCUCUCAACAAGAUGAAUGGUGGUAAUGGACAUAGCAAUAAUUCAAAUAAUCAAUUGGUAAAGGAAGAUCUCGUUGACCUUGUAGAUGUAGAGUUGGGUCAAGAAUAUGAGCUUGUGGUAACCACCUAUGCAGGGCUCUAUAGGUACCGAGUUGGUGACAUACUCCGUGUAGCAGGAUUCAAGAACAAGGCUCCUCAAUUCAACUUCGUCUGUAGAAAGAACGUCGUCCUGAGCAUAGAUUCCGACAAAACCGACGAAGUCGAGCUACAAAACGCCGUCAAGAGCGGUGCAAACCACCUCAAACAAUUCGGUGCAACGGUCACAGAAUACACAAGCUGCGUGGACACUUCCACCAUCCCAGGACACUACGUCUUGUUCUGGGAGAUCAACACGCAUACUAAACAAACCCUAAACACAGACAAGAAUAUUUCUUCGUCUGUGUUUAAGGAAUGUUGUCACGCUGUUGAAGAAUCCCUCAACAGCGUGUAUCGCCAGGGAAGGGUGUCGGAGUCUAUUGGGCCGUUGGAAAUCAAGAUUGUGGAGAAUGGUACUUUUGAUAAGCUUAUGGAUUUUGCUUUGAGCCAAGGUGCAUCAAUAAAUCAGUACAAGACACCACGGUGUGUGAAAUAUGCUCCCAUUGUGGAACUGUUGAACUCAAAAGUGGUGUGUAGCUACUUCAGUGAAAAAUGUCCUAAGUGGGUUCCUGGUCACAAGAGAUGGUGCAAUAACAAUUUUGAAUGAAAAUUAAUAAUGAUGAUGAUGCUGCUGCUUAAUUAGUACUGAGCUACUAUAUAUUAGUUUAGUUCUAAAAAAGGAAUUUUCUUUUAAUUAUUAUCAUGAAAAAUAUUAUUUAUAAAUAAAAUUAACUACUCAAAUCAGUCAUUA